GAGACCAGCAACCGUUUUGCGGAGACACACUCGCUUUAUGCUCGGUUUGAAGGCGGAGUUCAGUCCAAUAAAGUCCUCUUUAAGUCAACAGCGAAGUCAGUAGUAGUUCUCACUUUCACUGGAAUAAAGAGUGUUUCUCAUUUACAUUGCGACCCAACCGUUUCUCGUUUUGACGGUAGUGAAAAGCAGACUAGUAAGGUUACAGUUUCACCUGCGGCAUAAUUCGGAGUAACGUUAACGUCACCUCGUGAUAGGUGCUGUGGAGUUGAUGAUGAAGCAUCGCUCAUUAUUCUGCCUGUAUGCACUGGUGACCUUGUAUGGCCAUAAGGGUGUGCUUUCCCAGGCUCCCUCCUAUGGUGAACGGGGCUCUGAUCUGGGCAUACAGGUAUUUCAGCAGGUAGUCCGCUCCAAGCCACUGGAAAAUGUGGUUCUUUCACCCCAUGGUGUAGCUUCCAUCCUUGGGAUGUUGCUACCAGGAGCACAUGGAGAGACUCGGAAGCAGGUCCUCAAUGGUCUACGUUACAAGAAAAACGGCCCUUACAGGAUGUUGAAGAAACUACACAAGACCUUGACAGCUAAGUCCAAACAGGACGUUGUGCUGAUUGCCAACGCCAUGUUCAGCCAGGAGGGCUUUCCCAUGGAGGAGGCCUUUGUAUCCACCAACAAAGCCAACUUCCAAUGUGAGAGCAGGGACCUGGACUUCAGCAACCCCAAUGUGGCAGCAGAUGAAAUCAAUGAAUGGGUCAACAAUAAGACCAAAGGUCACAUCCCCAGCUUGAUCAAAGCAGACAUGCUGGACUCGGCUCUGACCCGUCUGGUUGCUGUCAACGCAAUCUACUUCAAAGGCUUAUGGAAAUCUCGCUUCCAGCCCGAGAACACCAAGAUGAGGGCCUUCAAAGGGGGAAAUGGAAAUGUAUAUAAUGUUCCAAUGAUGUCCCAACUAUCUGUCUUCAGCAUUGGCAUAGCCACCACACCUCAGGGACUGAAAUAUAAGGUAAUUGAUCUGCCCUAUCACGGCAACACGAUCAGCAUGGUGAUAGUUGUGCCCUAUGAAGAGGACACACCUCUGUCCCGUGUCAUCCCACACAUCAGCACAGCCACAGUGCAGAGUUGGUCCAAACUGAUGCACAUGAGAAAAGUCCACCUGCUCAUCCCCAAGUUUACUGCUGAUGCAGAGGUAUGUUUGGAAGCCCCCCUUUCAGCACUGGGAAUAACAGACAUGUUCAGUCAGGACAAAGCUGACUUCAGACACCUCAGUGCUGAGCCUGUGCAUGUAUCCAAGGCACUCCAGAAAGCCAAAGUUGUGGUGAAUGAGGAUGGAACAAAAGCAUCAGCUGCCACUACUGCCAUUUUGCUGGCUCGAUCCUCUUCACCUUGGGUUACAGUGGACAGACCUUUCCUAUUCCUCAUCAGACAUAACCCAACAGGUACUAUUCUCUUUAUGGGCCAGAUCAACCAGCCGUGAGCCCAGCCAUCACUGGCCAGCCCCUGGUAGCAUCAUAGGCCAGCACGGGAAAUGCCUCUACACUGCCAUGCAUGAACACACGCACGCACACACACACACGCACACACACACACACACACACACACACACACACACACACACACACACACACACACACACACACACACACACACACACACACACACUUUGCUGUAGACUAAUGUACAGUGUGGACAUGUUAUUUGUUAUUGCUUUUUAUGCUACCUAUUUUCUGUAACGCAUAACAUGCUUUAUAAAAAUGUUUUGCAGACUAAAUUUUCCAUUUGUUUAAAUUUUUUUUUUAUACUUUUUGAAUUCAUUUUUAAGACUUUGGAUGUCAUUUGUGUAUUUUCUCAACUCUGGAGUGGAUGAUUAUUUUAUUUAUCAUUUCACAGUUUCAGUUUAAAGGUUCUCCAUCUCAAGCCAUGUCACUCCAGCCUGUUCUAAGUUUCACUCCUAAGUUUUGACAAUGUACAUCCCAUCUUGAAUGCUUGCAUUCAGCUACUUUACAAUAAUUUUUGUCCCUCACUGAGGAAAUCUUCUGUUAUACUUUCAUAUUUGAUCAAAUAAAUUCACAUAUUUAUAACA